CUUAAUACUAGUUGUUUUUGUUUUGAUUUUGAAUGGGUGCUUUACACCACAUUAGGAGCUGCUGGAUUUGAAUCGAAAACAUCUGAACAAUCAUCUUAAGUACUCUUGAUUAUAUAACUUGUCAUGAGCUUAGAAAACUUGGAAAAGUAUAACUAUAAUCUUCCUGUAUUGACGACUGACAGUGAAGUUCCUACUAAUGGAGAUAAUGCCAAUUCACCAUACCAUCAACAAACUAGUUUCAAACGUCCCAGAACUGAAGAUUACUCUGUUGGGAUGUAUUCAACAUCCAAAUUAAGUAAUUACCUAUCUACUGACAAUAGAAAUUUUUCUAGAACAAAAAACUUCUUAUCUAUCAGACACAACUGUUAUAUAUAUCAUACAGAAGACUGGAAGCCAAAAGGUUGUACUAUGUACUUACCUCUGCGUGAAGAUAUUAUGAUCAAUACUCAGAAUAUUGAACAAAUCAGCUUUGAAAAUGAUCAAUUUUUUUUAGCAGAUGAAAAAGGGAAUUAUGUUGGUGCUAAACCUGGUAAUGCAGUUCAUUUUUGGAGAUUUGAUGGAUCUAUGCGGAAAUUAUAUAUAUCUCGCUCAAUUCUUUUUCUUAAAGAUCAGGACUACCAAGACCUUCAAGUCCAACUGGAUAAUCUGUGAUGUGAUUUAUUACUACUUGAUUAAUGUUUAUUAAUUUUGUAACAAAAGUGUGCUAUCUGUGUAAACAUGUGAUCGUGUGAUUAUUUUAUGCCAGAAUUAUCCUAUUCCUUGUGGCAGAAUCGUGGCGACUCGGUAGCAUUGUCCCAAAACGUUACAGAGUUCUAGCAGAAAGAUUUUUUUCUUUAAGAAGUGAAAAAUAUUUUAAGUAUAAAUGUUUCUUUAGCAGAAAUUUUUGAUAGAUUUUUUUAUUUUAUGAAAUCAUAUCAAAAGGUGCUUUUAUCGCUCAUCGUGGGGAAAGGAAAUGCUCGUGAUUUUUCUAUUCUCAUUUGAUGAUUUUAAAAAAAUUCUAAUAAUGACCGACUUCUGCUAGAAUUUCAAUUAGAUU